CAUGAAUGUACGCACGUGCGCAGGACUCCGAUAAUAAUAAUAAUAAAUAAGCAUCGCACAGUUUAUUACUAUGUAUAAUUAGGUAGAUUUUCUGUUUGAGCGAUGGACGAGGAGCAGCUGCAGCCGCUGAAAAGGCCACGGACAGAAUUACACAAGAAACACACUGUGGCCAGCGAACACCGAUGCGUACAAUGGAUUCCCCAAGUGGACAUGGUCAACGACAGUCUGGACACAGCCCUGUUGUCAGUUUACAGUCAUUCGGGGCUAUCGUUCCCUAGGAACAAUGAAGUGUGCAUGCAAAAAGAAACCUUUAUGAUGUGUUUGAAGAAACAGUUGAAUAGUAUUCGAUCAGAUCAAAAGGUAGAAAAGCUUUUUAGAAAUCAUCCAUUGAAAAUGGGUGGACUUAUUGGUGAACGAAAAGACAUCAAUAGUAUUAAACUGGGAUUAGUUGGCAGUCAUAUUUCACAAACUAAUCAUGGAUAUUCAAGAAAAGAAGAUGGCACUUUUUACAAUUAUUAAAAUAUUAUAAGAUAAGCAAUAGAAAGGAUUUUUUCAACUUAUUCAUAGAUAACAAAAUCAUAAUAAGAAAUAAUUAAUAGCAUUUGUAAUUAUAAUAUAAUUCUAUAUCUGAAAUUUAACAUCAAAUACAAAUGACAUUUAUAAUUUAAAGUAAAUAGUAAAAUAUUAAA